UAGCAAGCACAGGUGCAUUAGGCUCUGUAGCCUACUAGCUUUACAUUAUGAGUGCAUUUGAUCCACAGACACACUCUCCAACACGCUGUGGGCCACAGUUUCCAAAUAUUGGACAAGAACCUCCAGAGAUGAAUAUCUACUGUGAUAGCAUCUUCCACCCACAGACCAUGCCUAGUCCUCAACGACCUUCAAACUUUGAAACAGGAGAUUACAGCACUGCUUCUAAUCCUUAUAUUUGGCUGAAUGGACCUUCCAUGACACCACCUCCAUACCUGCCAGGGUCCAACACCAGCCACUUCAUGCCUCAGUCAUAUGGGAUGCAGAGACAGCUCUUGCCCAACAUGCAUGGCUUGGGAGGAUCUGAGUUAGGUUGGCUUCCAAUCCCUUCCCAAGAAGAACUGAUGAAGCUGGUGAGACCUCCUUACUCCUAUUCUGCACUAAUAGCCAUGGCAAUACAUGGUGCUCAUGACAAGAGGCUAACACUUAGCCAGAUCUACCAAUAUGUGGCUGAGAACUUUCCUUUCUAUAACAAGAGCAAGGCUGGGUGGCAAAACUCAAUCCGACAUAAUUUGUCUCUCAACGAUUGCUUCAAAAAAGUGCCCAGGGAUGAAGAUGAUCCAGGUAAAGGAAAUUACUGGACAUUGGAUCCGAACUGUGAGAAGAUGUUUGACAAUGGAAACUUCCGCAGGAAGAGAAAGAGAAAGUCUGACAACAACGGACAGCUAGCUUCUGAGAAAUCAGAGGGGAGCCCUCUGACCGGCAGUCCAAAGAAUGGAGACCACCAAGACUUGUUGGAGAGCUCCUCACCAGGAACUGAUGACUCAUCUGAAAAGAGAUUAUCUCCACCCGCUAUAGCACCAUGCCUUAACAACUUUCUGUCUAACAUGAGCAGUUAUGUAAGCAGUGCCAACUCUGUAAGUAGGUCGGUUCCACUGGGACUCAAUAACGAAACAUCUGAUAAAAUGGGACAGAACAUGACUAGCUUCAACUCAUACUCCCCACUUUCAAACAUAUCAAGCCAUGGAGGGACAGAAUGGUCUACUACGAUGCCGGCGAAUCCUUUUGGCUACAGUAGCUCUGUUUUAAAUCAGUUCAAUUCCCAUUUCUACAACAGUAUCAGUGCAAAUAGCACCCUUUACUCCAGAGAAGGGACAGAAGUAUAAGUUACCAUUAGCAUUGUACUGCAGAAUAGGACAGCAGUGUAUCUAUCUGUAUGAUAAAAACAUACAUGAACUACAAAAAACCCCACUGUAUUGUGUAAAACAUGUAAAUAUCCUGUUUUUUUAAUUCUCUUUUUUUCAUAUCAGGCAGGUUAAUGUUUAAGUUACUAUACACUUACUAAACGAUAACUGAAGAAUGGAAAGUGACACUAUAUAAUAACAGAAGUGCUGACUUGCUUGCUUGCUUAAAACAAUACACUAAACGUUUUAGAACUUGGUGAAAAAUAAUGUAAAAAUGUUAUCAACAGCAUACUGUACUUAUUUGUAUCCAACUUUUUUGGAAAACUGCCCUGUAUUUACACACUGCCUUUUGAUUGCUUAACAUUUGCAUCAUGCAGAGCUAUUAGAAAUAUUGUAGUUUCAAAAGAUGCACACUUACAAAGACGUUACAAAGACUGCCUGGGGGGCGGUGCAUUCACUGUAUAGAUAAUUGCCAUGAGCAUACUGCAUGGGCGGCGAUGCAUGCAAUCUACUGCAUGGGCGGCGAUGCAUUCACUGUAUAGAGAUUUACCAUGAGCAUACUGGAUGCUUUUUCUACAACUGUAUUUAUAAAUGUUUACUAGGGGGUAAUAUACUGCUGGGUAUGGGGCAAAUGUACUGGUUGCAGUUUGGGACUAUCAUGACUUUUGAAAAUGUUAAAUAUUUGUAUGUACUUCUGCUAACUUCACUGUACA